AACACAGCACUAGGAAAUACUCAGACUAAUGGCGUCUUCACAAGGCGUCCGACGGACCAGCUGAUUCUUAUAUCUGCCUGCAAAACUACAUGAAGACAUAAGCUCUGCGGCAGGCAUCAUGACCACAGCUAGGUACCGACCCACCUGGGAUUUGGCCCUGGACCCGCUGGUGUCCUGUAAGCUGUGUCUGGGAGAGUUUCCCUUGGAGCAAAUGACCACCAUCACCCAGUGCCAAUGCGUCUUCUGCACUCUGUGCCUGAAGCAGUACGUGGAACUUCUCAUCAAAGAGGGCUUUGAAACGGCCAUCAGCUGUCCAGACUCAGCCUGUCCAAAACGUGGACAUUUACAAGAAAAUGAGAUUGAAUGCAUGGUGGCCGCAGAGAUAAUGCAGAGGUACAGGAAGCUGCAGUUUGAGAAGGAGGUGUUGCUGGACCCGAGCCGGACCUGGUGCCCGUCCUCCACGUGCCAGGCCGUGUGCAAGCUGAAGGAGUCUGACACGGCGCUUCCGCAGUUGGUGCGGUGCAACGUUUGCACACUUGAGUUCUGUUCCGCCUGCAAGGCCAGCUGGCACCCGGACCAAGACUGCCAACAGAACGUUCCCAUCACCGCGUUUCUACCCGGAGAGAGCAGUUUGUUCUUUAAGGCUGACGAUGACGACGCCCCCAUCAAACGCUGUCCCAAAUGUAAAGUCUAUAUAGAAAGAGACGAGGGCUGUGCCCAGAUGAUGUGUAAGAACUGCAAGCAUGCUUUCUGCUGGUACUGCCUGGAGUCUCUGGACGACGACUUCCUCCUGAUCCAUUAUGACAAAGGACCCUGCCGGAACAAAUUAGGCCACUCCAGAGCCUCCGUGAUCUGGCACAGGACGCAGGUUGUUGGUAUCUUCGCCGGCUUCGGCCUCCUCUUACUGGUAGCUUCUCCGUUCCUGCUGCUAGCCACACCAUUCGUGCUGUGCUGUAAGUGCAAGUGCAGUAAAGGCGACGAUGACCCUUUACCCACCUAACAGCCCGGCGUGAGCAGUCCCUGUACCAGGAAUUCCGGUCAUCUCCUUUAAUCGCUUUUCUUUUCCUCCUCCGCCUUCGAGCUCUUCAUCAACCGGUGGGACUUGCGCAUUUGAAGCCAUCUCACGCCACGGUUACUGUCACAGCUGUCAGUAGGCUCCAUCCCGGCAGGCCUGAUAAGUCUAAAGGACACUUCAUGAGCCUGCUGCUUGCUUAGGUGGAGGAGAGCUGGGGGUUCCCUCCGCAGUAACAAAAGGGAUGUUACUGAAGGAGCACAGCGCAGUUCCAUCCGGGCGCUUGUCUGAUUUGUGGAUGUUUCGCAUAUGUGGCUGUUCAGGAGGGUUCUGUUCUAAUAGAACAUACUGUAUAUUCAGUGUGUUUAUGUCUGUUUCUGUGUGCAUAGUAGCAUUUCAGUCACUCGGCCUAUUCUUUAUUACUUGUUUUGCACAGAUAAGGGGCUUUUUGUCACUUUAAAUGCUCUAAAGUCAGUAGAUUUCAGUUUUGGCUCAAAUGUACAGCUAUAGUGCUACUUCAAAUGUUUAUUAACUGCUAAAUUUUGCAUUCAAAAGUUUUUAAUAGCAUGUUUGUUUGCUUUUUCAUGUCAAGUUAUUGUCUUUCGGUCUGAAACUAUUGACAACCCAAGUUUGAUUUGGCUGAUUUUGGCCAAUUUGGCGAAUUUUUAGCCUUCAGAUUGAGUCACUGACCUCCCUGGAUUUAAAUCAUAUAUAUGAUUCCAAAGCAGGGCUGUUCUAUGAGUUUACAAUGCCAAAUAUUGACCUACUGUCUUUAAUUUUUUUUUCGCCCCAUAAUAAUAAUAAUAAUUAUUAUUAUUAUUAUUAUUAUUAUUCAAUUUUGUUUGUAGCUAAAGUUCAACUCCUUGAUCAUUUUCUCCAGUGAAAUGUGACGUCUGGUCAUCUUGUAAUUUUUGUCAGAUAGUUUAAAACUUGCAUACAGUUUGUAUCACUUGAAAAAAACAUUUUGAAAUUUUGGAACAGUUCCUGUAAUUCUGGCUGGGAUUGUACACUGAUUUCAAGACUGUUUGGCUUAACAUAUUCACAAGUCUAGCACUGUUUCUAUGCAAGUUCAUAUAACUUGAAGAUAAAAAAUAUGGUUUCUGCUGUCUUGAACUGAAUGGUUGCAAUGGGCAAGUUAGUGUAACUUCGUUAAAAGGAAAAAUAUUUCAAUUUAUGUUCAAAACGGAGUUGAUCAGCUUCUGAAAAGCCUUUACAAUCUCAAUAUUUUUUAAAUGAUUUCUUUCAUUUAAUAGACUGAUUUUAAAAUAGAGGUAUGACACUGAAUGUCAACGUCUUGCCUGCACCACCUGAAAUAGCAAGCGUAUGUUCAAAAACUGUUGUGUCAUCAUAUGUAACUCAGAAAUAUUAAGAUCAGAGCACCUGCCAUAUGUGUAGCUGGAUAAUAUGUAGCUCAUUAGGUUUCCUCAAUCUUUUUCCCUGUUCUACCAUUUUUUGUUAUUGUUGUGUAAUGGAAAUGUGCCAUAUUGGAGGUUGAUAUGGCAACGCGAAUGUUGUUGUUUUUUUCUUCUUCUUUUGUAAUACAAUAGUUGUUUGCCCUUUUGAAACUCUCAGUAUUCAUAAAGUUGAUUCCUGGUGAAUAUUUGAUGUUAGUCACCUCCAUCCUUUGGUAGCAUUAUCCUGUUUAAGCCUUAAAGUUUUUGAGUACCUCACUGGUUUUCUCUCGUGUAGCCGAGGGAUUUAUUUGAUUUGAUUUUUUUAAUCGUUUAUUUGUUUAUCCUCAGGUCCUCUUAGAUAAAUAAUUUUGGCACUUUUUAACUUGUGUGAUGUUUAAAGGAAGACCUUUAUGCGUAUAUAGUUAAAACAUUGUGCAUGAAAUGGCCAUGAUAAAUAAUAUAGUAAUAUAACAUCUCAGAAUUGAUUUAGCUACAUUAUUCUCUGAUUAUGACAAGCAAAAAUCAGCAUGAUAGAUAAAAUGAAAGCACAGCAUCAUUGUCAGUUAUGAAUAGCAACACACAAGUUACUCGAUCAAGCUGAAUCUAAUUGUGCUCCCAUUAUUCAGCAACAUUUGGCCAUUUCAUGUAGAAUCAUAUAAAGUAAUGCUUAUAUAUACAUGUAUAUAUUGACAAUCAUGCAAAGCAGGUUUCGAAGACAUUGAUGAGGGAACAUUUUUUGACAGUGGGUAAAUAUAUACUCAAAGCAGAUCUUUAAUGUUGUAUGGCCUAUAUAAAUUCAGUUGAUUGUGUUUCAUUUAUGAUGUAUGUAUAUAUUUUGUUGUAAUACUCUGUUUCGUGUUCUUUUUCCAUUGUAUACAGUGUUUAUGAAAUAUUAGUUGUACAAUAUAAUCGUUUGCUUAAUUCAGGGUUAUUGAAUUUGCACUUUGGCUGUUCAUUCAGUCAAGUGCUGUUUUUGUUCUCUUUGUUUGGGUUGCAUCAUGUUCCCGUUUGAAACACCAUUUGUUCCUACAUCUAAUUAGAAAUAAUUGUGGCUUUACAUGUAAACUGGGAAAUACUCCUUGACGUACACUAUAGAUCUUGCAAACAGCCCAAAACUGUAUCGUUCCCGUUUGUAGGAAUUUGCUUGUUGCACAAAACUUAACCUUGCAGAUUAAACUCCUGUAAGCUCUUAUAGUUUGGAGUUAGAGCAAGAAUUUGGAAAGCGUGUCUUGUUUUUCCUUUUUCUCAACAGUGGUCUGUUUGCAUUGAGGUCUGUCUUUCACUCCUGACAUUUGCCUAUUCCAAAUAUUAAUAAUUAUUUUAUGUUUUGUACCCCUUUGGAUUUGUAAGGACCUUGGUAGUGACCCUUUACCAUUGCUUUUAAAACUGGUUUUGCCUCUGACUCUUCCUUAGAUGGCCUUUUUAUGUAUCAUUUGUUUGUUUUUGAUACGUCAUAAAGAGAAUAUGUUUUAUUCUUGGUGAAUCAGAACCAAAUUCCACUUGUACAGUAAAAUUGCAUGUAUGUGAAGUCUUGAGGAUAAAAAAAGAAAUACAAUUACAAAAAUACAACCUAUUUGCUUAUAUUGUCUGUGCCACUAACACCAUGAUAUUAAAAUGUAUUCAUGUUCAUUGCUGUUUUUUUCCCCCCUGUAAUUUUUAUGUCGUCUGCAUUUUGGUUCAGAUGUCAAGGAAACUGUUUAAUAGACCACUGUUGAAAAAUAUAUCAUUAAAAACGUGGAUUCAGAAAUGUUGUAUUAUGUAAUUUCAUGACGUGCUGAAAAAUAAAAUAAUGGUUGCCA